GUUGUCGCUUCCCUUGCUUGCGCUGUGUAUCGUGGGGUUCUCGUUCAACAGGAAGAUUGUGUGAUGUAUUUUACGUGACGGGAAACUUGUGACACAGCAAAAUUUACAAUGUACAGAACUACCCUAUAUAUCUUAGCUGCGAUAUUGACAAUUACGAACCUCGCGAAGUCGGACGAAGUCAUCGGCUGUGGCGGAUUUAUUCGAUCCACUGUGAAAAUCAACUACUCUAGGGUGGAGGUCAAACUACUUACGAAGCAGGGCAGCCACAAGUACCAGACGGAAGGUGCACCCAACAAUGGCUACUACCUGAUCCCCCUGUACGACAAAGGAGAGUAUGUGCUCAAGGUGGAGCCUCCGCCGGGAUGGAUCUUUGAACCAGCCUCGGUCGAUCUCCGCAUUGACGGGUCUACAGACCCCUGCAGCACGUCCAAGGACAUUGACUUUGUCUUCAAAGGAUUUUCCGUCACAGGGAAGGUUGUGAGUCACGGCUUGGAGGAGGGUCCCGCAGGAGUGACAGUCGAACUCCAAGGCACUGGCAACAGUGUGCUGCACACGACUGUGACUGGGGCUGGCGGUGCCUACACUUUCUCCAAGAUCCUGCCUGGGGACUAUAGCCUGGUGGCAAGCCACCCGACCUGGGCUUUCAAGCAGGCCAAGCUUUCCGUUAAGGUAGCAGACGACAAUGGGCGCGUCGCUCGGCACCUGGCCGUCGCCGGCUACGACGUCCGUGGCGAGGUGGUGGGAGAGGGAGACCCCGUGCGCGGCGUCCACUUUGUCCUCACGACCGACUCCGCCUCAAGACCCACCGCCGCUCCCGAAGGCUGCGUCAAGAGCGCCCCCCGGGGCUUCGCCCUGCCGGCGGGCCUGCGCCUCGUCUGUCACGUGACCUCUGGCGAGGACGGGCAGUUUGUGUUCCCCACCGUGGCCCCCGGCUCGUACCGGCUGCUGCCCUUCUACAAAGCAGAGCGCAUAGAGUUCGACAUGGCCCCCAAGCAGGCGGCAUUCUCGGUUGGCCACGGCAGCUACCGCUUCCCGGCCAAGUUCCAGGUACAAGGCUUCAGCGUCAGCGGCAAGGUGCUCGAGUCCCCCUCGGGCCCCGGCGUUGCUCAGGCCGAAGUGUACCUGGGCGGUGCCAAGGCCGCCACCACGGACGCCUCUGGUGGCUUCCAGCUGGAGAACAUGAAGGCGGGACAGUACGUGCUGCAGGUGCGCGCGGGGGGCAUGUCCUUCGACCCCUUCCCCGUCCGGGUGUCCCCCAACACCCCCGAGCUGCCACCUAUCACGGCCAGCCGCUUCGAGGUGUGCGGGACGAUCGAGGGAGGCGGACGCCGCGUCGUCGUCGAAGGCGGCGCCGAACCCGUGAGCGCGACCGCAGACGCCAGGGGAAGGUUCUGCGCGACGCUCGAGACGGGCAAGUACGUGCUGCGGCCAUUCCUGACCAAGGAGGAGGAGGCCGCGGGGCUGCGGUUCGUGCCAUCGGAACUCCCCCUUGUCCUGCCGUCUGCUAAGAAGGCGGACGUGUCAUUUGUCCGGUUCCGCGCCGAGAUACAGGGAACCGUUGUCUGCGUCGGCAAGUGCGGUUCGGGGCUCAAGGUGUUCCUGCGCGCCGCCGGGAGCGGUGUCGACGCGGAUGUGACAGCAGAGGUCAAGUCGGACGAGAGUUUUUCGUUUUCGGGCCUCGUCGUCGGGAAGUACCAGCUGUCGGCGAACCGCCCCGACUGGUGCUGGGAGCAUGGUGACGUCAAGAUUCACUCAGUGGACCGGGACGUCUCGAACGUCGUGCUGCGGCAGAGUGGGUUCAAGAUGGCAAUCUCCUCGUCGCACGCCACGAAGGUCCAGAUGGUCCACUCGGACGGUGCCUUGCAGAGCCUCUCCGUUCCCGCAGGUUCCUCGACGCACUGCCUGUCGAAAAAAGGUGUCUACGCAGUGAAGACGGUUGGGUGCCACGAGUUCGAGGAGAAGAACAUUCUUUUCGACACCACCAAGCCGGCCACGGUCGUCCUGACCGCGUCCAAGCACUCCGUGGGCGGAGUUGUGGUCGCGGAGGAGAACGUGACGGACCUCGUCGUGUCCGCCUCAGCUUCUGGCGCCGCGGUUGUCAGCGUGCCUCUCGCCAACCCCGUGCCGCACGCCGAAAACCAGUUCCUUUACCGGUUCGCCGUCAUGCUCCCGCCAAACGCGAACGUAGAAAUUGUUCCACGGUCGGGUCGGCUCCUCUUCAAUCCGCCGACCUUCAAGCUGCUCGUCGGGGAUGACUGUUCAAAAGACGAGGUCCGCUUUAACGGGAGGAUUGGGCUCUUUGUGGACGGACGAAUACACCCUCCGCUCGGCGGGGUCAAGGUCGUGGUCCGGGACCUCGGCGGACACCAGCCCGAAGUCGAAACGGUGUCCGACGCCGCAGGCAAGUUCCUGGUUGGUCCGCUAGACUCCGAGUCCAAGUACGACGUGCAGGCGACGAGGGAAGGCUAUGUGCUCAAACCCCUGGGCAAGCUGGGGCACUUCGAGGCGUUCAAGUUUUCUGAGGUGAAUGUGGCGGUGGUGGAUGCGGCGGGGAGGGCACUGUCCGGCGUGCUGGUGUCACUGAGCGGGGGCGUGGACUACCGCAACAACAGCCGGACCCGGGAGGAUGGGAAACUCCACUUCCCAAACCUGAGCCCCGGCAACUACUUCCUGCGGCCCAUGAUGAAGGAGUACCGCUUUACACCGCCCUCGAAGAUGGUGGCCGUGGGCGAGGGGGCUACGGUCGAUGUCCGUGUCACGGGCGAGCGGGUGGCGUUCAGCUGCAUGGGCAGCGUGAGCUCCAUCACGGGGGAGGCGGAGGCCGGUGUGGCGCUGGAGGCGCUGGGCACGGGCUCCUGCCAGGGCCACCAGGAGGAGGCACAGAGCGACCCGGGGGGCGCCUUCCGCAUCCGGGGGCUGCUGCCCGGCUGCACCUACCGGCUGCGGCUCAAGCAGGACGCUAACCCCCAUGUCGAGAGGGCCGCCCCUCCCGAGAGGCUGCUGCAGGUGACCUCUUCAGACCUGACCGAUGUGAGGGUGAUUGUGUUCCGCUUCUUCGGCCAGAUGGACGUCACUGGCAAGGUGGUGACCGAAGCAAGAAACCUGCCUAACUUGAAGGUACGUCUGGUAGCAGACGACGCCCCGGAGCAGACGGUGCACGUGGGUCAGUUGGGCCCCGGUGGCUUCUUCCUGCUGCCACCGCUGGCGCGCGAUGGCCGCUCCUACUGCCUCCAGCUGGAAGGGGGCACCGGCGGUGCAGGCACGACAGGCACCUCUUGCUUCCGUGCCAAUUCCUCUCACCGCCACCUGUCCCUGUCCUACGCGCCGGAAGCACCGCAGCACGCCGACCACGACGUGGUGGCACGGUCCUCGCUGUUGGCGCUGCCGGUGACGGUGGCGCUCCUGGUGGCGUGCUACCAUUCGUCGCGCAUCUUGGGGCUGGUCUCGGACUUGGUGGGCGUCCUCAGGGGCCUGGCAAAGGGGUCCGAGAACCCCACGGGGUCUCCGCUCGACUCCCGCCGCAAGGCGAAGGCCCGGCGGACUUAGUCGGACUCGCAUUUUCUGGCUGGCGAAGUCGCUUCGUUUUCGUGGCGACUGCCGAUGCGGACCGUUUUGGUGCUUGGAAUGGUGGUUUAUGGACGCUUCAGAGAUGUUCCCAAUGGACGUUUGGGGCACUUUGCCAAACCCCAUGAAAGUGAGUGGAGAUGGUGUAAAGGUGAUUGGUUGUUUAGUCGUCGAUCUUCUCCGACUCUGUUUCAUAGAUGUUUAGGUGUAGCGUAGCUGUGAGCUCAGUCACACUCCAGCGAAAAUCUUCUCAGGUUCUUGAGCUGAGGGAAGAUUGUGGGUGUUAGUUUCGGCAUUGGAUUGUUCCCAACCGGAGAAGUUAAUCAAUUAAGGAGUCCUUUACUAGGGUCAAUAGCUUCAGUCAAAGCACUUCUCCGGAAGUGUAGCAUUCAUAAUUUCUUAUCCAAUGGUUGUGCUUGGCAUACUCUGAUUCGCUAUAUAAUGGUGGAUUGGUGUUGGAGGCCGAGACAAAGCCAGCACAAUGCUGGCACUCAGCUUAAGAAAAUUAAAGCAGGUGAAAAUUAGAUUUUUCAAAGGAGGCAACAUGGACGCCUUCUCUUUCUAGGGGUACUGGACUUUGCAAGUAAGUUAGAGCAAGAUGUAGACAUGCUACUACAUUCAGCUUGCACCUGGGCUUGGACGUUGUCAACACGUAAAAGUGGUUACUGCAGCAAAAAUGGUCCUCGGAAUGUGGAUUCCGAAGCUCAGUCAUGCUUGAUGAGAGCGUUUGCAGCUCAUUUUUUUCCAGCAGGAGGUGAGGUAACAGUGCUGGUUGACUGGCACAUGAUUACAGAUUUAUUUGUGCAAGAACAAGUGCCAACAUGGUGGCAUGCCAAGUAAAGCAGAAAGCCAUUGCAUGAGCGAUCUUGUCAAGGGAGGUGAUAAAGAAUGAUUAGACCAUGGAAAAGCACAGUGUAGAAAAGCACCUUGAUCUCGGAAAGACGAGGCAUCGCUAUCGACACAAAGGCAGUUGUACCAAACAAAUCUCCCGUACCUGUGGAUGUCUCGUGAAACGAGUGUGCGAUGUUGGGACCACACAACGUAGCCCACACAACUUGUUUGUGUGGAGUCGAUUACGAUGAAAUGCUGCCUGCAAAUAAGUUCUCCACUGCACAAUACGACACCGCGGACCAUUCACUGUUUGUUGUUUUCUGCAGCAUAAGCUUUGUAUGAAAAUUCAAUUUAGGGCAUUUUUCCAGCUUUGUGUAUAUAUCGAUGCAAGAUUUCCGCAAUGCAGUUGCAAUGAAGCAAGUUGAGCUGGCAGCGGCCCGACUUUGUGGCAAAGCUCUGCUGGGUCGACUAAGACAGUUUUGUUUGCUUGCAAUCUUAUCCGGUGCAUGCUGUUCACUGGCGCAUUAAGACUACUAACAAUUUCAGGUUUAUUGUCUUGAGAGAACUGGCCCUUGUGUUUGCGAAACAUCCUGUGUUUAGUGGCUGCAUGAAAUGGGCACAAGGUGGUGGAAGUGGUGAAUGGAGACUACUGUGCAGUAUUGCAUGGUGUGUUCAUGUGUCUCAAGUUGUUUGUAAUAAAGAGAGGAAGACCUCCAUUCAGUGA